AUGGGCCAGAGGCACAACAGACGCCGUACACGACCACGAUCUCGCAAUCGCAGCAUCAACAUCAUCCCCGUCGAUCCGGUUUCUACUUCCCGUCGAACCUCCGCUAUCGGUGACUCACUGGACGCCAUAUCGAUACACCCCGCCCCGACCUGGCACAAUGGGUAUAUAAUGUGGCAGAAACGUGAGCGCACCCCGCGGUUUGAGUCCACCAAGAUGGAAGUCGAGCAGUAUCGCCUCUGCGGGGGUGAACCGGGUGAUGAUGUCGGCCUGUGUUAUCGCAUGCUGGAAUACUUCGAUGGACUGGACUAUAUGAAUACAUCCCAAUUCAUAACUCCAUUGCCGGGAUGA